ACUGAAAUAUUUUCUUCUAUAACCCAAACAACACCCCCAAGAAGUAACAAACUCAAAAACCCCUGCAAAACCCCACAGAUGGAAAAACUCAAAAGCCCCUGCAAAACCCCACAUAUGGAAAGAGGUGAAGAAGCGUCUCCUCCAAACCCUAACCCUAAAUCAUCUCUCUGCCAAGAAUGCUCCCAAAACCCAUCAAAGUACACAUGCCCGGGCUGCUCUCUCCGCACCUGCAGCCUCCCCUGCGUCAAAUCUCACAAGCAACGCACCAGCUGCACCGGCAAGCGACUCCGGACCGCCUUCAUUCCGCUUUCUCAAUUCGACGACAAUCUACUCAUCUCCGAUUACAAUUUUCUUGAGGAAACAAAGCGAGCGGCGGAAUCCGCGCAGCGGAUGCGAGAUGGGCUUUUCGGGAACUAUGGUUUUAGGCUGCCCAUUAGAUUGAAGCUGCUGCGGAAUGCCGCAGGCCGGCGGAAGACGCGGCUUCUUGUUCUGCCCAGCGGAAUGGAGAAGAGAGAGAAGAAUCGGUCGAUUUUCCACCAGAGGAAGAAAUCGAUUUUCUGGACAAUUGAGUGGCGGUUUCAUUCAACAGAUGUCGUGUUAAUUGAUCAUGGAGUAGAUGAACACGAGCACCUGGUUCCCGUGAUUGAAAAACAUCUGAAACCUGGUCCGUGGAAUAAUCAGCUGAAGCCCUUCUGCAAGGAGCCAUUAGACUCUCUCAAGUUUUUCAUUCAAAAAAACCCGAAGGGUCUGAAGUCGCCAUUCCGUGAGCUGAACAUAAAGGACCCUAUAAGCCUGCAAUUGGCCGGUGUUGUCAUUAUCGAGUUCCCUGUUAUCCAUGUUUUCCUCCCUUCCCACAGCUAUGACUUUGAAGUCGAGAAAGACGCAAACACAUUUUCUAAGGUGGAGAAGGCAGAGCCUUUCAAUGAUAUCCCAAGUCCAAAGGGUGUUCUCUUCAGGGAAGAAGAAAUCGAUGAAGAUGAUGCCACCUUCGAUACACAGGUGAUGGAUUUCAUGAACUACAUGAAUCCAGAGCCUCUUAUCCGAGAUAAGGUAGUUGAGAAAGAAGCUAGUCUCUCGACGAGAGCUUUUGAAGUCACGAGACCUGUUUCUGAAAGCAACGUACGAGCAUUUAAGGGGGAAGAAAUGAUUGAGUAUUUUCACUGCAGCAUGAAGGCAUCAGAAGAAGCCAACGACAUGGAUUUCGAUUUUGAGCAGGACUUGAGGGAUGCUUAUUCGGACCUGAUUGGGCAAGUUAACCCUGAUGAUUUCCUGUGCUUGGAUGGCGGAUUUGUUGAUGAAGAGGAUGGAAGGAGUGGGGAUUGUUCGGUCUUUGAUGGAGAGGUGUUGAGGGACGAGGAAUUAGAGGAAGGGGAGAUUCCGGAAUCUUAAAAGGUAGUAAGAAACCAAGUUCGAAAAGAAGCAGCAGGUAUUAACAGCCAAAAAACACAUUAUACAUCGAGAGGAACUGUAUGAUCCUUGGCGCAAGGACUGACUAGCAGAUAAUAUCCUCAGGGUCCUCAGUUUCUAUAUGUGGGGCCCAUGGUUUUCUGUGAUGUAGGUGGUUGAUUUGAUGGUUUCUAGAUAGGAUAGAUGUGUGCUGGAGAUGUCUCAAAAUUGGAAAGGAUCCUAGCAGUUCAUUCUUCGGCCUCAAGUUGAAUAUGAACUAUUCAAAAGAGCAGGGAUUAUUCCUAUGGAGAUGAGUUUUGGGGGGGUGUGACUGUUGACCGUCAGCAUCGGAUCAGUAGCCCCAAUCGCCAAACCAUGAAGCCCACUGGUAUGAAAUGAGGACUUCGAUUUCCCUUGGGGGUUUGAUGAUGCUCAUGCUAUCAUGGCCAUGAUCAGCAAACAUGCGUGUGUUCGGAGUGUCGAACAUGGCUUCAAUAUAUUUUUCUGAGAUUCCUUGAUGUUUGACGCCCCCAUCUAUUCAUGGGCCAGGCAUGGGAUGUUGAAAUUGAGGUAAGCUUCUCAUGUUUCUCAACCAAGUGGGCUUGCGGAUCAAAGUUUUGGGUUUUAGAUGAGUAUUAGGUAGGGAUUAUGGGUACAUUUUUAGUAGAUGAGCUGCAAUAUUAGAGGCAUAUUCAUGUUGUGAUGCAGUUGGAUGCAUUUGCAAAUUGAUAAUGAGAUAUGUUCUUGUUGGUAUUAUAUUUGGGAUAGUUUGUGUAUAAAAUCAGAGUAGCAUACGCUAUUAAUGGGACUGAUUCUGAAUUAA